UAUGCUGAACUCUCCAAAUGCAGGUCUCCAGAACACAAUGUCCUCUAUUGGCAUGGGCCAGCCCAGUGCACCUACUAUCAGUACCUCAGCACCUAUAGACCCCAGCUCCAUGCAGAGAGCCUAUGCAGCUCUUGGUCUGCCCUACAGCAGUCAGGCCACUGGACAGGCCACUGCCCAGCAGCCCCCUGGACAAACAGCAGGUGCUCAGAACUCCCCGAGCCAGCAACAACUUCCACAGCAGAUGAGACCCAUCAACACUCUUGGUAGCCAGAUGACUCUUGGAGGUGGUACAAUGGGUGUGGCCUCUUCAGAACAGACAAACUUGCACACAGACUCCCUUUCAAACACGCUCAACACUAACAAGAUGAGUACUAUCACUUCUUGGCUGAGAAAAUCUAUAAAAUCCAAAAGGAGCUGGAAGAGAAAAGACGCUCAAGACUACAGAGGCAAAUCAUCAACCAGGGGCCCAUGGCUGCACAGGGGGCCCAACAACCUGGCCUUCCUCUGCCCAAUGCUUUGGGCCCAAGACCACAAAAUGGACCUGUUUCGUUACCCAACAUGCCAAACCAAAUCAUGAAUCGCAUGCAGGUUUCACAAGGAAUGAACCAGUUCAGCCACAUGACUCUUCCCAACGCUCAGAUGUCUCAGACACCAAUGGGAGCCCGAGCUGCUUCUCCUAUGAACCAUCCACAGCAAAUGAACAUCAGCUCUGUCCCGGCGGUGGGAAUGUCUCCCUCUAGAAUGCCUCAGGCACAGGGACUGAUUCCUGGGCACAGCAACCUGGUGGCCCAAACGGCUAACCAGGGCCAGUUCAUGCCUCAGACCCAGUUUCCUCCCGGAUCGGGUGCAGUUGCUCCUUCGAACACCAUGAAUGUCACGGUGGGGCCCAGCAUGGGCCAGCCCCCGGCCCAGGCUGCUGUCAGCCAGCAGCAGCAACAGAACGCUAACCUUCCCAUGAAUGCACUCGGGUCCCAGCUGGGCCCUCAGCUAGCCUCCUCCCAAAACCCCUUACACUCCACGCCACCUCCUACAACCUCCUCUGCCUCCACGGCUGGGGGGGCCACUAACCUGCCGCACACCCAGUCCUCCAGUCGCAGCUCCACCCCCACCCUCCCUGGCCCUGUCCCAGCCCCAACCCAGGUUGCCUCCUCACCCCGCCCCACUCAACCCCAAUCCCAGGUGGAGCUCCCUGCAGUGGCACAGACGCAGCCCCCACCUCCGCCCCCGUCCACACCGCUUUCUCAACCUGGAGCCAGUUUGGAAAACCGGGUGCCCACUCCUGCCUCAGCCGCCAGUGCUGACCAGCACCUGCAGCAUGUUGGGACGGAGGUUAAAACAGAAACACACACUGACCAACAGGAAUUUGAGGCUGCUGGUGGGAAGUUUGAGCCCAAGAUGGAGAUUAAGGAUGAGUCCACCACAGUUUUAUUAAAGAAAGAGGAGCCGGAGGAAAAACCAGAACCAAUGGAGUCGGACGAAAAAAAGCCAGAAAUGAAGGCAGAACCCAAAGAAGAGGAGGAGGGUGGAUCUAAUAGUACAACCUCCCCAUCCCCCUCUCAGUCACGGCGGAAAAUAUUCAAGCCAGAGGAGCUGCGCCAGGCUCUGAUGCCGACGCUUGAGUCUCUUUACAGGCAAGACCCAGAAUCUCUGCCUUUUCGACAGCCUGUAGACCCCAUGCUCUUGGGUAUCCCGGACUACUUUGACAUAGUCAAGAACCCAAUAGAUCUCUCUACAAUAAAGCGUAAACUUGACACAGGACAGUACCAAGAGCCUUGGCAGUAUGUGGAUGAUGUGUGGCUAAUGUUCAACAACGCCUGGCUUUACAACCGCAAGACGUCCCGUGUUUACAAGUACUGCUCCAAGCUGGCUGAGGUGUUCGAGUCAGAGAUUGACCCAGUCAUGCAGAGCCUGGGCUACUGUUGUGGGAGGAAGUACGAAUUUUCCCCUCAAACGCUGUGUUGCUACGGUAAGCAGCUCUGCACCAUUCCUACUGGAGGGACGUACUACAGUUACCAGAACAGGUAUCAUUUCUGUGAAAAAUGCUUCAAUGAGAUCCAGGGGGACAGUGUGACCUUAGGAGAUGAUCCUGCACAACCGCAAACCAUGAUAUCAAAAGACCAGUUUGAACGCAAGAAGAACGACGUACUUGACCCUGAACCGUUUGUUGAAUGUAAAGACUGUGGACGUAAGAUGCACCAGAUAUGUGUUUUACACUACGAGGUUAUUUGGCCAUCUGGGUUCAUCUGUGACAAUUGUUUGAAGAAGAGUGCAAAAACACGAAAGGAAAACAAGUUCACAGCAAAAAGUUUGUGGACACAGGAGAAAUGCCUGAGACCUUCCCUUACAGAACCAAAGCACUUUUUGCGUUUGAGGAAAUCGAUGGUGUGGACGUGUGCUUCUUUGGCAUGCACGUGCAAGAGUAUGGCUCYGAAUGCUUAUUUCCCAACACUAGGCGGGUCUACAUAUCGUAUCUUGACAGUAUUCACUUCUUCCGACCCCGAAUUCUGCGAACAGCGGUGUACCAUGAGAUUCUCAUUGGCUAUCUUGAAUAUGUAAAAAAACUUGGUUACACCCAGGGCCACAUCUGGGCAUGUCCACCCAGUGAAGGAGAUGACUACAUCUUCCACUGCCAUCCUCCUGAACAGAAGAUCCCAAAGCCUAAGAGACUGCAGGAGUGGUACCGGAAGAUGUUGGACAAAGCUUUUGCUGAGAGGAUCUUGCAUGAUUAUAAG